CCGGAGGGCGGCUGAGGUAGACACUGGCGACUGGGCAGCCGUGGCUGGGCCCUUAUGCGGCUUUUCCUCAGCAACAUCUAUUUUCCCCGUCUAUAAAGCAGCUCUUCUGAAGCGCGGUGUACACGUCACAGCGCUUUAAUGGCAGUUAGCUUCUUGGCGGGUCUCCACAGUCCGGGGAGGUAGGUUCUGUCCUCAGCCCCACUUCAGACACGGACGUUUUCAUCCCUAACUCUGGAUGCCCCUGAAAAGCGGCCCAGAAUUUUGGAGCUGAAAGGAACCUUAGAUCGUCCACUCUCCUGGCGUUUUCCUUCUGAGGUUAUCUCUGAACACCAAGGGGACCUGGACGGGGAAGGGAAAAAGAACAGCCAACAAACGGACCCGGCAGGCCGUGACUGGAUACUUCGCUUACUCUUCUUCAUUCUCAUAGGUCUGACGGGUACUGUUAGCGAUCCCACUUUACAGGACUUUGCACAGAGCUCAACACAUUGUAAACAGCAUUGACGGCACUGAGUGGAGCUGAUGAGAUACGGACAAAAGUGCUGCUUCUUACGGACAGAAAAUGGUGUUUGGUCUAUGCUGCCAGAGAGAGAGGCUCUACAAGCCCCUGUAUGUAGUACAAGUCUUCAAUUUUGCAGGAGUGGUAUACUGCUAUUUUCAGGGGUCUGUGGGGAAAACAGCCCCUGAGAAUGAGAUUGCUGGGGAAUCAUCACAGAGACUCAGAGUCAAGAGUGGGAGCAAACAAACCUCCGAGGGCAUGACCCCCAAGGCAACAAGAGGACCAAAUGCCACUGCCCCCAAGGAGGAGAUUGGCAUCUUGUCUCAGGAUGAGGGGGAGGAAAAUAAAAAGAUCCCAAAGAAGAAACCUGUAUAUCCCUCAGAAGCCUCUGAGGUGGACAGCAAGGAGGAAAGCCCUGGGGGCUGGGUCCCCCAGCUGCUGAGGAGGCCCUGGCCGGGCUGGUUCCCAGCCCCUGACAUCCCCAAGACUCAGAGCCGGGAAUGAGACAGUGUCCAGUAAACUCAGUUCUGAGCUGCUGCUUCUGAAGAUCCAGCUGCCUCCUUUCAGGGCCUCACAUGUUCCCAGACCCAAGAAUGCCCAGGGAGGGGCUGGCCAGCCCCGCACCCCACGGGCACCUGCUGAGAAGGGCAUGAAGGCCUCCUGCUUGACGAAGCGCCCCUGGGCGUCCAGGAAGUGCUCGGGGUGGAAGCGGAAGGGCUUCU